AUGCUUCGAACUUUGUUUUUUUUAUUCGCGGUUUUGAAUACGACUUUUGCAACUAGACAAAUGUUGAAAGUACCACUUUAUGUCAGGCAAAAGCUUAAUAGAAGUGAGUUGUUCCUCGCCAGAAAUGAAACUAAGGAAGGUGACACAUUCAGAAUGGCGCUGCAGACUCACAAAAACCUUGAGUACUAUGGGACAAUUUCCAUGGGAACCCCGAGGCAAAACUUUAGUGUAAUCUUCGACACGGGAUCUUCGAAUACGUGGCUACCGUCUAUCAAUUGCCCGAAAAGUAAUUCAGCUUGCCAGAAUCACAGGCGAUACGACUCGACUCGAUCCAGUAGUUAUAUUCCGGAUGGACGCAACUUCACCCUGCGAUAUGGUUCUGGUAGAGUGGUUGGAUAUCUAUCGAGGGACACCCUGCAUUUAGCUGGGGCUGAUUUACCUGGCCUGAUCUUCGGAGAAAGCUUGUUCCUGCAACAUUUCGCCUUCAAUUCAGUGAGAUUUGAUGGACUAGUAGGUUUGGGCCUGGGAGCUUUAGCCUGGCCCAACACGACACCUUUUCUAGAACUCAUGUGUACUAAACGAUUGAUUGAAGAGUGCAUAUUCUCGGUUUACCUUCGCCAACAGUCAGACGAUUUUCUUGGAGGGGAGUUACUCUUCGGUGGCAUUGACCAAUUAAAGUUUCAAGGAAAUCUACAUUAUGUGCCGAUCAGUUUAUCGAAUAGUUGGAGCCUGGAAAUAACCAUUACCACUGUGGAAACAAAACAAAUUGGUGGUAGGAUCAAUGGCAUAUUAGACACGGGUACAUCGCUGGUUUUGAUGCCCCAAGAAACCUAUGAUAAUCUAAUAAAGGCCUUAUCAGCAAAACUUCAAGAUGGCUAUAAUGUACUCACCUGUAGGAGGGAAUCCCUGCCUGACAUUAAUAUUGUCAUUGGAGGAAAAGUAUUUCCUCUUACAUCCAACGAUUAUCUGAUUGAGUUAACAUUGAAUCGUAAAAAGAUCUGUGUGCUGGCCAUUGCUCCCAUUAAAAUGAAUUUUUGGGUACUUGGCGAUAUUUUUCUGGUGCGAUACUAUACGGUUUAUGAUGCCACAAACAAGAGGAUUGGAUUGGCCAAGGCGGUGCGAAGUGCUUGA